AUGUUCGGAAUCACGCGUCAGUAUCUGUGGAGUGUGGUGCCGAUGUUCGGGUUCGGCAUUGGCUGGUUUCUGGACUGCAAGGAAACAGAACGUAUGACGAUGUUCCGGGACAAGAGUGCACUGUACGGGCGCACGCUGAAGGAGGGCGAGAAGCCAACGUGGCCGUAG